AUGGAAAAGUCACUAACAGAAUCAUUCCUGCAAAACUUGGGCAAAGUGGACAGAACCGCGGACGACAUAUUCGACGAGCAUCUGCAGAACUUUAUGAGACAGCAAAACGCCGCGAAUAGAUUGCAAAAGGAGUUUAACAAUUACAUCAGGUGUGUUCGAGCGGUGCAAGCAGCGUCGAAAACACUCAUGGAUUCACUGAAUGAGAUCUACGAAAGUCAAUGGACUGGCCAUGAUCUUUUGUACGUGCAGGCUCAAAAUUUAGACAUGCUGUGGCAAGAUUUCACUCAUAAGCUUGCCGAUCAAGUUCUCGUGCCUCUCAACACAUAUCAGAGCCAAUUUCCAGAGAUGAGGAAAAAAAUUGACAAACGUGGACGGAAACUAGUGGAUUACGAUAGUCAGAGACACAAUUUCCAAUCGCUACAGUGUAAUCCGAGAAAACGGGACGAGCUUAAAGUGUCUCGAGGAAAAGAGCUACUGGAGGAAGCUAAACGUACAUACGAACAGCUUAAUUCCGAACUUCACGAUGAGCUACCUGCCUUGUACGAUUCCCGUGUUCUUUUCCUUGUUACCAAUUUGCAAACGCUAUUCGCUGCUGAACAAGUGUUCCAUACUGAAAGUGCUAAGGUGUAUUCUGAGUUAGAAGCAAUCGUCGAUAAGUUGGCCAACGAAAGUCAGAGAGGAUCAUAUACACUGAAGAAAAAUACAGAACCACAGUCUCCAAAAUCACCAAAUGCCAACUCUGCUUUAAUAAUCAAUACACAGCCAGCUCAGAAUAACAUUUCACCAGCCGUGGAUGAGUCUGCUCCAGCAGCAAGAAACACAUCACCGACUACUCAAUUAAAUGGCAAUGCUAACAGCAAUGCUAACAGCAAUGAUAAUUCUCUCAAUAAUCAGGAUGCAUCUCCGCAAAACACGGUUGCGGCGUCUAAGCGUGUGGAAGAGCUGUACGAUAUUCCCGUUGGGGCAACGACCGACAACUUGCCACCUGGAGUUUUAUACAGAGUCAAGGCUACUUACAAGUAUAGACGCGAGGACGUGGACGAAUUGUCAUUUGAUGUUGGUGAUAUUAUUCGUGUGGUAGAGUAUGAUGAUCCAGAAGAGCAGGAACAAGGUUGGUUAAUGGGCAUCAAGGAAGGUACAAAUGAAAAGGGUAUGUUCCCAGCAAAUUUCACAAAACCACUGUGAAAGCUUUACUAAAUUCGUCUAUUACACUCCAAUGCUCACUGAAACGGCGUAUUCUAUUUUAAGAAUAGUUACAAUACUAAAAAGUGAGAGUCACACAGUCAUCUGAGGUAUUAUACGUAUAAAAGAGAUAAAUAAUAAAUAUACAAUGAGGGGCAAUGGGAAGGGGAAAGGGGUGUGAUGAGAUAGAUAUGCUGGAGGGUACUGUGGAAAAUUAAGCACCCCAAAGUGCCUUAACCCAGCCACUGUCUGUGCCAACAUUCAUUGUUUGCAAUAUGGGGUUAUAUUCCCAUGUCUAAUGUACGAAUACACAUCAUUAAUAAUCAAAUGAAAUAUUUAAAUAAUUAAAUAAUAUAUUGUAAUACAUCAUACAGUACUAUAAUAUAAAACUUAUAUAUUAAAUUAAUAUUAUUUUAUGAAAUUGUACAUAGAAUUAUACAUUUUAAGAAUAUUUUAUGGAAUAACUGUGGCCACUGAAAUUAUCAGUAAGAACUAAUGUAAUGUUUAAGACAGCUCUGUAAUGCCCUUUUGGCAGGGAAAUAUCAAACCUUAAAAAUCCAAUUGUUUGCAUUCUUUUGUUAAGAUUUUAUUUACUUUAUGAAAAAAAGAAUUAAAAUUUGUCUCGAAUAAGGAUAUUAAAAUAGAUAACAUGCCAAACUUUCAACGCAAUUCAAUAGCAUAUAACAAAAUAAUAUAGCUAAUCAUUAUUUUAAUAUAUCGAUAUAUAAAAGCAAAAUGUUAUUAUAUUUAAAGUAUUAGAAUAUUAGAGUAACAAAAUUUUCUAUAUAAUUCUAUUGAAAAGAGUAUUAUAAGUUCUACCAAUAAUACAUAUUUGGAGAUUUGUUUUCAGAAAUUUAUUUAUAUUUUUUAUUAUAUAAUAUAUUUUUCUUCAGUGACUAAUAAGUAUUUUUCUGAUAUAUAUAUAAAAUCUAAUGUCGGUCAUUAAUUAAAUUACUAUUACUGCCUUUACAUCCACUGUAGCAAAAAUAGAACUAGUAUGAGCCAGUGGUCCAAGGAAAUGAAUUUGUAGCGCUAAAUAAUAUUCGUUAAAUAGAUUUAUUAAGAAAAUUUUACAUCAACCUUCGUGUAACAAAUAAGGUUACGAUAACAGAUGAUUAUAAAGUAGUGCAAGACUACUGAUUUCAGCUUCCAUUAAGUUGUGUGUCCUUUUAUUUUAUGGUAUUGAUCUGAGACGUACAGAAAGUUGGAUUGUUUAUAAAUGAAAAGUUUUAUGGUUGACCGAUUGAUCCAUUGUCACACUAAUUAUUAACCCCAUAUACAGAUUAAAACUGUAGACAAAUAUAUUAAUGUGUCAAAUAUCGUAGGUGCAUAUUAGGAAAACAUGUUGAGCAUAUGUUACAAUUACAUAGUUAUGAUAAUCAUAAUGAUAGUGGACGGACAUAUAUUUAUAUUCUAUGAAGAGGACCAACAGAAAAAGUAAUUGAAAAACAAAAGUAUUUAAAUAAUAAUAAUAAUAAUAACAAAAACAGUAGCAUCAAUAUACUCUGUUUUUAAGUAUAAUUAGAAUCUAGUAAUUCACAUAGGAAUUCUAUUUCACAUGAAUUUUAUAUUAAGAAUAUGAUAAAUUAAAUAUAAAAAAAGAUAUACAAUUACAACAUUAUAUGACACAUCAUGCUUCAUUUCGAUAUUAUUAAAUUUAUGACAUAAUUUGAACAAGUACACAAGUACAUUCCAAUCACAAAUAAAUAAAUAUUUAGUAAAAAACUUUGUUUCAUUGAAUAAUAUAAAAUUUAAAUAUAUAAUUUUGUUAUAUCAAAUGUAAUAUAUAUAAUCUAAAAGUGAAGUAGGAAAAAUAUUUGUACCAAAUUUAAAUUAUUCUAUUUUGUUUUUUUCUAAGUAUACUUUGCAAUAAUUGGAAAAAAAAAUAUCUUUAAUAUAUACUAUAAAUGUGCCAAAAUAAUACAGUAUUCUGUAUUUCAAAAAUGUGAUGUUAUAUAUGCGAUUAUUAGAUUACAAGUGAACUCAAAUUUUGAUAUUACUUAGAACGGUCACAAAUAUGAAAAACGCGAAACUUUAUAAAAUAUAUUUGAAGUUACCUAUGUACGUUUCAGCAAUAAUAUUGAUAGUGCUAAUCGUUUGGCAAUAGAUCUAUUAAUAUUACUAAUAUGAUAAAUUAUUCAAUUCAGUGACAAAUUAAACAAAUGCAUUUAAUUAACUUAAAGAAGAUAAGGGAUAAAUAUACUGUUCUUCUGACUUUGGAUAAAAGCAAUAUACAUUACAAACUUGCUAAUAUUAGAUAUAAUAUAUAUUAUACAUAAAUUACAUUUGAAAUGUCAUAUCAUAAAUUAAGUGCACUUUCUAAUGUGCCAUUUCAAUAUAUUUCUAUAAGGUAUACUAUAUGUAUUUUUAAUAGUGUUAUUAUGAUGAAUAAUUUCGAAAUCUCGUUACAUAAUAAAAUGUAUUUGAAAAAUAAUAAUUAUGUCUACUUAUCUUCUUUAUGUUACGUUUAUUUAUUAAUGUAACAUAGAACCAACAAUUAUUAACAUUGAUUACAAUUUUGAAUGCACCUAAGUAAUAAUACUGAGGUUUAAAAUUUAGUGUAGCAGUGGAGCAAUCAAUUGUUAUAUCAUUUGUCAUUUUUAUGUCUUGUUGUUUAUUUUAUCGAAACAAUUAGUCAUAUCUUUAUAACCUUAAUAUAAGCUAUAAUACGUAUAUACAUUUAUCGCUUUAAUUGUCCUUUUCAAUUGAAGACGAUUAUAAUAAAUAAUUAAUGGUUUGUAACAUAAGUGUUUACAAUUCAAA